UCUUGGCGAUUUCUUUUAUUUUCUUUGAAGAAGUUACCAGGGUAAAAUAUCGAAAAUAUCCCGCUCCAGCUUCUAACAAAUUUACUAAAUCUUUUUAGAAUUAUUGUCUCGUCGCUGAAGUGUUGGGAGAAUUGAAUGUAUGCCUAGUACUGCUUUUGACUGUAUUUAUUAAUCAAAUCUUGACAAUGAUAGAGAUGGAUACUCGAUUUUAACUACAAGAAUCUCGAUUGUGAGAUGAACAAUAUUUCUUGACGUCAUGGUAUAUACUGUCUUAGAAACUAUUUGGAUAAUUUAUUGGUAAAAAUUAAAGACCUCAAUAAUUAAUGAUAGCACACUAUAGAGCUUGUAGGAAGAUCCCGCGGAUGGAAUAAAAAAGUCGGGAAAAUGAAUGUACGCGAAGAAAAAUAACCAACGAUAUACCAAGAAAGCCCUUAUCGACAUGGUGCCUCAUUCCUUUAUCGCAUUCAUCCUGGCGACCAGCGUGGUCUCUGUCACCUGUCAAUCAAACUCCUCCACCCUUGGUUACACGCUCAGUGGGUACGUGUAUAAGGCUUUCUCGGCGCCAGAUCCCCACGUCUGCUAUGAGGCGUGCAAGGGCGAAGAGCCUGGAUGUAGAAGUUUCAACUUCUGGAUUGAGAACAGCACGUGCCAGCUAAACAAUCAGUCCAGUCUAACGCGACCACAAAACUACAACACCAGCGAGCUAUGUAUUUACUUUCACAGUAUUUAUCGAGUUCGCUAUGGCAGCGAGUCGUUAUCCCCCGCCGAGUCUUGUGCCGAGAUACUAAGACAGGAAGACUCUACCGGAAACGGGAGGUACUGGAUCCAACCCAACGCAUCUGAGCCCGCGAUUGAGCUUUACUGCAACAUGGACAACGGCGGAAAUAUGAGCUCCUCGUUUGAUCUUUUGUUCCCCACUGAAAGAAACCUUAGUAAUUACGUCAUGAUUGAUGCAAUUGCUCAGCCUUUGGCGGCAUUGACGGUUUGUCUGUGGAUAAAGACGACCGAGCUGGUCCUGGUACCCAUCUCGUACGCUGCUGGCAGUUACAUGAACGCUAUCUUGAUAUUCCUAGACGAGUCUGGAUGGUUACGGUUCGUCGUCAACGAUCAAGUCAGCUUGCAGGGCCCGAUUGCACUCAAUGAUAACAAGUGGCACCACAUUGCCGCCACGUGGUCAAACACAGAAGGUAGCAUGGGACUCUACAUCGACGGCGCGCUAAAGAUCAACAGCACAGGACGAGCCGUGGGGAGCACAAUCCCUUCCAAUGGCAAACUCGUACUUGGCCUGGACAAGGACUCUCCUGGCGGGGACUUUGACAUCCGCCAGUCCUUUGCGGGGGAGCUUGCGCAUGUCUACUUGUGGGACACCGCAUUAGACAAUGCCACGAUUGCAGACAUGUCGAGGGAAUGUAGGGAAUUUCCUUACUCGGGUCACGUGGUUGCAUGGAUUGAUUUUGCAGGCGGUAUCUAUGGUAACAUAACCCGUAGGGAUUUGUCCAGGUGCCAUUACGAUCCACUCUUGUUGCCAUGACGAUUCUAGUAACUAAAAGGUUGCAGUGUUCUUGUCUCACCCAUAUUCUAGUCAAUUUACUAAAAUUUAUAGCCGAACCUUAAAUUAAUAUGGGACUUCGCUAAGAGAUCACGUGACUGUUUGAGUGGCAAACUAGAGAGCGCUCAAGGUUUUAGUGGCCAAGUAACAACACACAUAAAACGCAACUUAUGCAGCGCUUUUUUUCAGAAAGGGUUUAGUUUCAUUUUAAGAUUAUAUUUAUUCGUCGUUCUCUGGUAUGACGGCGCAGUAAUUUCUGAUUUUGUUUUGAAUUCUCCACCCAAAAAGGUCACGUGAUAUCUUAGCGCAAGUCCCCAACACAAACAGUUUUUAUUGUUAAUUAAAUGAUAAGAAAAGACAUUCUAAACAACAUCAAAGAAUAACAAAAGAACCCAAGGUGGCCGACAAAAGGAAUUGUUUUUUUUUGUGUCAAAUUUCGAGAUGUUCCCCAAAGAGAACUUUUGAGAUCUUUUGGGAUGUUAUUAAGGACAUGAUACUCUGUCAUUUAAGACCGAAAUCAUUUGUGUUGUAAUCACUUUUAGGUACAUAAGAUUGACUGGACUUUAUACAGUAUAAUAUCAUUUACCCACAAUCCUUUGCCCUCUUUGUAAAGCUGAUACAUAGAAACUCACUGAAAGUGGUAAAGCUAACAAAAGGGAGCAAAGGAGAGGUGUUAUAAAAUGAACAGUGUAAGGAUGAGUAUGGUAAGGAAUAGAUGGUAUUUACAAAUCAAAAUCUAAUACAACUAUACGCAGAUACAGAGAAACUCACAGAAAGUGGUAAAGCUAACAAAAGGGAGCAAAGAAAAGGUGUUAUAUAAUGAACAGUGUAAGGAUAAGUAUGGUAAGAAAUAGAUGGGGUAUUUACAAACCAAAAACUAAUUUAACUAUACGCAGAUACAAUAUAACACCUAUAUUUGUCAGAGUUUUCUUUAUUAUGAUUCGAACAUACAUAAACACCAACUAAGGUUAAAACAAUCACUAUUUCCACUAGAUACUAUACAAAUUUGUGAAAAGAUGUUCAUACCUGUCAACUCUCCAGUAGGCAGGAGUCUCAAGUUUUUUCAAAAUCUCAAGAACCCCCAAAAAUGACAAGCUUCAGAAUCUAUCAUUUUUCAAGAAGAAAUUAUUCCUCUUUUGGACAUAGAAAAUGCUAAAAAGCCCAAUCUGCAGUUGUUUUAUUCAGGUCAGGAAAGUGACAGGUACAGAUGUGCUAAAAAAACUUAUAUUUUAUAUAAUCCCUUGGAAUACAUUAUAAGUGACAGCUUCAAAGAAACAUCAACACUGCGUAUGUAAAACUGAACCACACCCAAGGCUAGUUUGACCCUAACUCUCUUGGUUAUUUAGUAAUUCAGAGGUCAAACCGAAGCCCUUUAAAGUAUGGGAGUGUCAAGUUAAUCGCAGCAGGAUUGACGUGUUUGUAAGUCCUACACUCAGAUAUAAGUCUACAUUUUACAAGCUUUUAAUCAGUAAAUAAAUUAGAAUGUAGAUUAGUAGUGUUAGUCAAUGGUCUAGACUUCGUUGUUAUUUUGCACUGCUUUAGAUCUUGCCUGCAAGAUAAGCAAGUUCCUUUAACAAAGAAGCAAAUAUAACAUUGGUACAGAAAAGUAGUGUUAUUAAAGAUAACUCUAAGCUUAAAUAAAUUAAAUUUGUUCCAAGAAAAUAAAUUAAAGGGCAGCUAAGGCAAUUUUGAGUUCAUCUAUACUAGAGAAUUCAAUGGACAGAAAGAUUGUAAUAUUACAUUACCUUAUUAAGAAUAUUUAGCAAACACAAGCAACGUGCAACCAAAGAGGGUCAGUUCCAACUAGAAGAUUUCAUACAAAUUCUUGAUCAUUUUUAAAUAACUAUGUGAUUUAUUGAUCUGACACUUUUGUUACUCCCAUCAAUAAAACAAAUGCCUAAAAGAUGGUUUUGCAAAUCUACUUUUCACAAUUAAGGCCAUGUAUAUUAAAUUAUCUUCCUUAUGAAACAAGCACCCUCUUUUCAUAAGUUUGGAUUUGAAACAAUUAACCAACACUAAAUGCUGACAAAGCAAGAGACCAAAAAGUGUUUCGAAAAAAUAAAGAUAUACACAAUACAUAAUAUUGGAAGUAAAAUGCAAUAAUUUUCUUAGUUCAUUCAGUGGAACCUGUCUAGGCCAGUUACCAUAGUAACCUAGAUAUCAGCACAAUUGGUGGCCUAAUCCCCCUAAUCACCAUUUUUAUUACCAGUGAACAUAAAGUGAAGCAUUGUGAGAAAAACACAAAAAAGCCUUCUACAAUAGGCGACAUAGACUAAGAAAUCAUGUGAUUUUUUGGUGUCAAACUUGAGCCUAGUCUGGUUGUUAAAAACAAAACAACAACACCAAGUCAGAAAGGGCAUAUUUUCAUUUAAAUACCUCAUAUUUUCAUUGCUCUCUGGUGUGACAGCUAUGGCAUUUUUGUGUUCAUGAUUUCUCAGUGCAAGGAGCCUAUUAUCUAGAAAUGUAAUGAAGUACUGUAUACUCUACUUCAUAUAGUGUGUUGCAUGCAAUAAACUAGGAUAGCUCUUUUGAGCUCUAACUUCAUGUUACUGGCUUCUCAAACAUAUAAUUUAUUUAUGUGACUUCUUAGUGGAACAAUGUUGUUUUGGAUCAGUGUUACAUCGAAGAUCAUACCUUUGAAAUGGGAAUAAUUCAGAAAUGUGAAGGUUAUUGGUAAAUAUUUUAACUAUUCUAGAGGACAUGUGGUGACCUUUCUAGGCAUCUUACUUCAGGCUAGCUACAAAUCAGGUACCGGAAACAUAAUAUACCAGCAGGGGGUAUUGUAUUGUCAGGCUAAUACCUCCAAAACAAUACUGCUUGAAAUGGUACAAAAAUAUAAUCUCAUAUCAGCCGUUGUAAUCAUUUUUAACAAUUGUAUUAAAUUUGGAAAUGUUGCAAUAAAAGUAUGCUGUAAGCA